UCCUUUCAGCCUCCACAACGACAGACACCAUGACAGAUGCGAGUUUUCAGCAGGAGUUCCUGGAGACCCACAACACCUACAGGGCGAAGCACAGCACCCCUGCCCUGACCCUGAGCAGAGAGCUGACGGCUGCAGCUCAGAAAUGGGCCAAUCACCUGCUGGCAGCUGGAACCCUGCAGCACAGCAACACAAAGGAUGGAGAGAACGUCUUCACCAUGUCCAGCUCAGCUACCAUCACACUGACAGGGAAAGAAGCUGUGGAUUCAUGGUACAGUGAGAUCAAGGAUUAUAACUGGGACCAGCCUGGAUUCACUGGCAACACUGGUCACUUCACUCAGGUGGUGUGGAAAGACAGCACUGAACUGGGCGUGGGCAUGGCCACUGAUGGCAAAAGGGCCUUUGUCGUCGGGCAGUAUCGGCCUGCUGGCAACAUGAACAUGGCAGGAUACUUUGAGAAAAACGUCCUCAAACUAGCAUAAAAGCUGUGAAUUUUACAGCUGGAGGAACAGAUAACACAGCUGGAGGAACAGAUAACACAUCUGGAGAGGGAGCUGGAGCAAGCCUGAGGAAAACCUGCGCACUGCUGUAGAUGACCCGGACCAUCC